UAAAAUGAAUCCACAAAGGCAAAAGGAUGGGAGGGGUAGAUGAAAGAGGACAGGGAUAUAAUGUGAUGUCUGUGCAGGUCAGAAGCAGAAGGUGAGAAGAAGAAGAACAGAAGGAAGCAUUAACAAACUCACAACACACGACCUGGGAGCUUUUCUACUAUUCGCUACACCACUAAAGUCCAUGUGAAACAUUCCAGACAUGAGUCAUGAAUGGUGUUUUGUUAUCCUGGUCUUCUCAGUAGUAUGUGGUACAGGAGCAUAUAUUCCUCAUCGCUAUCACUUUGUAAAUGAGAAAAAAACCUGGAGUGAAGCUCAGACUUACUGCAGAGAGAAAUACACUGAUCUGGCAACUAUCAGCAACAUGGGAGAGAUGAAGAAGCUGAAUCACACAUGAUGAAGAAAAAUGCAAAGAAAGCUUGGAUUGGUCUACAGAGAGCAGGACCUGGGAGAUGGCUGUGGUCUCUGGAAGACCAAACUUUCUACAAAGACAGAGUCACUCACACACUGGCAUCCUAAUGAACCAAAUAAUGCUGGGGGAAAUGAGUACUGUGUGUUAUAUAAUAAGUUCGAUAUAUUAUGGAGUGAUAACCAGUGUGAAACGUUGUUUCCUUUUGUAUGUUAUGAAGAAAACAACACAAACACUAAUAAAUAUGUAUAUAUUAGUGAUACAAAGAGCUGGUACGAUGCUCAGACCUACUGCAGAGAGAAAUACACCGACCUGGCCAGUGUGAGGAACCAAACUGAGAAUGACGAGAUCAGGAGUGUGGUUAAUGUUUCAGUCAGUUCAGUUGUUUGGAUCGGUCUGUUUUAUGACUCCUGGAAUUGGUCGGAUCAGAGUAACUCCACAUUCAGAUACUGGAGAUCUGACAAACCCAGUGGAAGUUUGAUCUGUGCUGCAGUGUCUGAGUCUGAGCAACGUUACUGGACUGAUGUGAACUGCACAGAAAAACUCCCGUUCGUCUGCCAUGAGAAUAAGCUGAUCCUGAUUAAGGACAAUCUGACCUGGAAAGAAGCUCUGAUAUACUGCAGGAACCAUCAUCAUGACCUGGUCUCAGUUCGCUCUGAGGAGAUGCAGCUCUGGGUGAAGGAAGUGACUCAAAACGCCUCCACUGAACACGUGUGGCUCGGCCUGCGUCACACCUGCGCUCUGGGCUUCUGGUACUGGGUGAAUGGAGAGAUGAUCUGCUACCAGAACUGGGCUCCAAGUAACAGGACAGGGUCUGAAGACUGCGGUCAUGAGGAGAGAACAGGAGCAGUGCAGUCUGGAGGAGAGCAGAAGUGGAUCAGCCUGCCUCGGAGCCAGAAACUCAACUUUAUCUGCUCUACCUAUGAAGAAUAAAGAACUAUAACAAACUCAGCACAUUUACACCCAUGCAGGAAGUUUAGAACACCAAGACCUGCAAACAGUGAUGUUAAAAUCAUCAUUGUUCUUUUUUAUUAUUCAAAUUUUGUCAUUUUUUUGUUUGCCUUUUUUACUUGUAGACAGCUGAGUUUGUUAUCAGGAUGUCUGAAUAUUUACAUGUUGAUGGUUUCUAUAUCUGGGAUUUCUGAGCACUUGUUUCUUUAACGUGUAAGAAUAUGGAUCGUAAUGACUGCUGACAAUUUUCUUAUCAGAUAAAAAUAAAUAUAAAGAUUGUG